ACCACCGUUGCCGUCUUGGCCUCUACCCUCAUCUCCUCCACUUCCGCGAUCAUUACCGGGGUCGAAGCUCCUUCAACCGUCUACGCCUACAACCCAUUUACAGUCACCCUCACCACCGCAGACUACAUCCAAUCCGUCUACGAUGUCGCAGUUGCCUUCGGUGUAGCACCAGGAGCUGGUUACCCCGAGUCUCUCGGAAACGUCAUGUCUACCGCCUAUCUCGGUCCCUCAAAGAGCAACAUCCUCACCCCCAUCACCUUCGACGUCACUCUCCCAUCUGGCACCCAAAACGGCCCGUACACCUUGUCUGCUGAGGUCUUCAGUCUCUUUGGUGCUGCUUAUUCCGGAUCUGUUUCUUCCUUCAACACUACCAUCACUGUC